AUGAUAGCAGUACCACAUACCAAGCAACUUCUCAUUAACACCCGUGUUGUCCCAUGGCAUAUCUCCAUUGAUUUCGAAUACUUGUGGAACUUGUACAAGCCAGUGUUUCAACAACAACUGGCGAACUUGGGUCCAUUCACCCUGUCUAACCGAUUGAACCAAAUCGACAAUCAUUCCAUUAGACGACCUGAAAUAAGCAUGAAAAGUGAAAAAUCGGGAGUGUUACAGAAGAAUUGA